UUACUAUAUACUUCACCACUCCUCUCUACACACACACAAACACAAACACAUUAUUCUCUCUCUAACAAUAAUGCAACUCCGGUCAGUGGCCACUGUGGCCACGGUGGUUGUUUUAGUCCUUAUACUUUCACCAAAUGCAACUUCAGCCCACAAUAUUACACGUAUUCUCGCAAAAUACCCACAAUUUUCCACAUUCAACCAUUACUUAACAGAAACACAUCUAGCAUCUGAAAUUAACAGCCGUGAAACAAUUACCGUUUGUGCUGUUGAUAACACUGGCAUGUCUGAUUUACUCUCAAAACAUCUUUCAAUUCAUACUAUCAAAAAUGUUAUUUCUCUUCAUAUACUAUUAGAUUAUUUUGGUGCUAAAAAGUUACAUCAAAUAACUAAUGGAACUGCUUUAGCUGCAACUAUGUUUCAAGCUACUGGUUCAGCACCCGGUUCGACCGGGUUUGUUAAUAUUACAGAUCUUAAAGGUGGAAAAGUUGGGUUUGGACCAGCAGAAAAUCACGGUAACCUUCCGGCAACGUUUGUUAAAGCAGUUGAAGAGAUACCGUAUAAUAUAUCUGUUAUUCAGAUUAGUACGAUGUUGCCGUCUGCUGUAGCUGAAGCUCCAACACCGGAACCUAGUCAAAUGAAUCUUACUUCACUAAUGUCUGCUCAUGGUUGUAAGGUAUUUGCUGAAACUUUGUUGAAAUCUGCUGCUGAGAAGACUUUUGAGGAAAAUGCUGAUGGUGGAUUAACUGUAUUUUGUCCCGGAGAUGAUGCGAUGAAGAAUUUCAUGCCGAAAUUUAAGAAUUUAACCGUCGAGGGGAAGCAAUCGUUGCUCGAAUAUCAUGGAGUUCCGGUGUAUCAAUCAAUGGCGAGCUUGAAAGCGAACAAUGGCGUGAUGAACACUUUAGCUACUGAUGGAGCUAAGAAGUAUGAUUUCGUUGUGCAAAAUGAUGGCGAUGUGGUAACAUUGAAGACGAAGGUUGUAACGGCGAAGAUCACCGGAACCCUAAUCGACGAACAACCGGUUGCUAUUUACACGAUUAAUAAGGUUUUGAUGCCUAAGGAACUAUUUAAGGGUGUGGUUGCUGAUACUCCGGCGCCGGCACCGGCACCGGCCCCAGAGUCACCAAAAUCGAAGAAGAAGAAACAUAAAUCGCCGGCGCCGGCAAAUACUCCGGCGGAUUCACCGGCGGAUGGACCCACUGAUGAUUAUGCAGAUUCAACGGCGGCUGAUGAUAACGGUGUGUUAAGUUAUAGUGGUGGAAAUGUGGUAGUUGGUGUUUUGAGUAUGUGGUUUUUGAAUUUAUUGCUUUGAGAUAUUUAAAGGAAAAAAAAAAGAUAUAAGGGGUUUUUAUUGUGAUAUAAUUGUUGUCUAUUAUGUUAUCAAAUUGUAAUUUGUACUUGUAUUAGAAUAGCUGGUAGGUUUUGUGGGUUUUUUUCUUUUCUUUUUAACACCUCUUCUGGCUUAUUUUGUUUGUUUGUUUGGUUGUUGGAUUCUAUUUGUUAGAGUGAAUUUUUUGGAUAUUGAGCUGUGAGAUGUUAAUCCACACAUCAUUGUCACUA